AUGGAAGAGGACAUACCCCCUAGGUCCACACCAAAGAUGAAUAACCCUAGAACCUCACCACCCCAUUUACCAUCGUCCUCUAAUGGUGAGGAAGAAUCAUGUUCCCAGAAAGAGGAAGACAAAAAUGAAGGUGAAGACGAGAAUAAGGAUAAUGACGAAGAUGGGUCUAUAUCUAGAGAAGAUAGCAAAAGGAAGAAAGAAAAAAAGAAGAAGAGACAGAGAACCAAAGAAGAAAACCCCAAGAUUGCAACAAGAGAGAGUAUACAGAGUGAGAGGGACCGCGAGAAAAGGGUCCAAAAGUUGGCAGCGUGGGCUAGUAGUUCAAGAUCUGCUGAUGCUGCUGGGAUGAGAAGUAGUACAACCCCACUGCCUGAGCUAUAUUUGAGUGCACCAGCCACCAUCAGUGCCACUAUUACUAAGAGUGUCCCAACAGCUGAUGAGAUUAUUGAUGUUGAGGGUGGGACCCAGUCUGAGAUCCCAUAUGCUGGCCCAACUUAA